GUGGUAGUCGAGCAAAGAACAACUUCGCCAAAAUCAGGGCCUUCUCGUACGAGGGAUGGAGCGAGGACGUCCUCAACGACGCGGCAAAGACGCUCGCCGAGGCUUACAAUAAGUAUUCUGAGCACGACCUCGGGUUCACCGGAUAUGUGGAGUGGACAGAAGACUUGAGCAAUCCAGACCUUCAUCCAAACCGCUUGUUGGGCCCUCAAAUGGAAGAACUUCGCAAGAUCCAGGUCGGCUCUAUGGUGUAUACCAGUCUCCAGAGCGCUGGUCCAGGCAUGCCUGUUCGUAUCAUGAUCACCGGUACCGAGCAGGCAAGAGUCGAUGAUGCGAAACCACGCGUGGAGAACUUUAUCAAGGCCAAGAUCGCUCUCCAGAACUUCAGACCAACUACCCGCUUUGUGUGCUUCGAGGAGCGUAUCAAGAGCGUUCGCAUAAAGCCGUAUGGAAACCCGCAGGCAUUGACUGUCAUCGUUGACCCGAUGGAGACUCUUCUUCCAGUGGAGAUGGUUGCUCCACUACGCCAGCCUGACAUUCAAGAAAUGAUUCGGGAUGACCAGCUAGAAGCAGUGGAGGAGACCAUUCUUGAGUCGUUCGACGUAAUUCGCCAACGUAGCCAAGUCUACAGUAUGGGAAUCAGCCUCGGCCUGCUGAAGCUUGGUCCCCGCCUCAGACCCUCCCAAGAGAACUGCUAUAAGCGCGAUGAGUUCGUGGAUAUGAUGGAACGAGACGACACUCGGGUGUCGGGCAGUAUCGAGAAGCCUGUCAUGGGCAGCGUUGAACAUGAACUGCUUGGGCGCUUGAUAGGAGCUCCGAAUGUCCUCAGCCCCAUCCAUCAUCAGAUCAGAUCGAACAGCUUUAUCAAGCCUGUAUUUAGGGUUACAGCGAUCCUGCGUGAUCCUAACAACUCCGGUCGCAACGUGCUGCUCCAGCUGGAGUUUGAGGAUCGUGAUGACGAUGAGAUCGUUCGCUUGCCUGCGAAAUGGUCAAUCCUGGAGCCAGGCAAGGAUCUUCCAGCUAACAUGAUGAAUGUCAACUUGCUGUUUCCCUCGAGUGGACGUGCCUGGCAUUUCCACGUCAACAGUUCAAGGGUAGUCCGCAAGGACCGACUGUCGCCUUUCCUUGUCGAAUACGCCAACCGGAUCGUCCUUGACACUUCUCGAGCUCGCAAUCCCAACUUCCUCGAUAGAUACAUCCGAUUUCCCACCGGAGGCCCAACAUUGCUCCGCGCGAAGACAGAGCGUGUCUGGGUAUUCCGUAUUACAGGGACCGACUAUCGUCUUGAGGCCUCUCAGUCUCGCUAUGGCUACGACGCUAACCCCCAUCCUACCCUCCAGUGGUUCUGCACUGUUCGCCAUCCGGACUGGGAGACCCACUUCCACAUGCUCGAAAAGAUGACCAUCGGCAACGUUCCCAAGUGGCCUCACAUGAUGAAAAUGUUCUUCCCGGACGAUGGCUACACCUACAUCGAAGAGACUGAGCCUGUAGUGGAGCCAAAGAAAAAGAAGGAAAUCGACAAGGCAGCGAAGAAAGCCAAGAUUGGAGGCGAGAAUUUUGGUAAGGGCAAGGGCAAGGCGAAAGACAUCGAUACAAACGAGUCCAGCAAGAAGAUGUCAAUUGCCGAUAGCAACAAUCUCAAACCUGAGACUGGCCUGCGCCUGCUUACUCACAAGCUCAUCAAAAUCACGGCCGUUGUCGAGGGCCGGCCUGUUGAGUAGGAGGGGUAUUACAGGGCAAGGUGGAUGCAGGCUUAGGGGGUGGUGAUACGGACUAGAAAACUUCUCUGGGGUGAUAGGGAGGUGUCAGGAUGAAGACUCAUCUUCUCUCCAGGUGCUUGGGAUGGCAUUGACUCUUUUUUCUUUUCACUGGGGCACUCUUUCAUCCUCUAUCCUUGGCUAUUCACAAAAGCGGCAAAAGCGGAUGGAGUCACGAGCUGACAAUGGUGUUCAUGGGCGUAGGAAUGCAGGCCCAAAAUGGAUUACUUUAGCUGCACUGCCUCAAUACCCAAAUUCCAUAGAGUAUAAUUACAGUUGCCCAAUGUUUGGCUGGCCGGGUGACUUGCACCUUUGGGUCGACAGCUUGAAUUGACACAACCUCUUUUCGAUCAACGCGUUUGGCAAGAACUACAAAACGCAGAAG